AUGAUUGGUAAGCACAAUGCUUAUCGACGCUCACAAGAAUAUUCCAGACAAUCGACACGACUGAGUGUAGGACGCGUGUCUGUACGUGUAUUUCUAAGGGCGUACGCAAAUAUAGUCAUGCGUCGAUCUAGUAUGACCGAUCGAUCAUCGAUUACGAGUUUAGCUUUGGCUUAUCCAUGGACAAAGACAACUGAAGAUGCGACGAGUUUCUAUAAAGUAGACGAGACCAAAGGUCUAACCGAAGCGCGAGCUAGAGAAGACCUUGAGAAAUAUGGACCUAACGAAUUACCUGCUGAGGAAGGUAAACCGCUAUGGAAACUUAUCUUAGAACAAUUCGACGAUCUUCUAGUCAAAAUUUUACUUGCCGCUGCUUGCAUUUCAUUUGUACUAGCCUUAUUCGAAGAACACAAGGAAGACGAAAGUGUCAUAACAGCUUUUGUUGAGCCACUUGUCAUUCUCCUUAUUCUUAUUGCCAAUGCAGCUGUCGGUGUCUGGCAAGAACGAAACGCUGAGAGUGCCAUCGAAGCAUUGAAAGAGUACGAACCAGAAAUAGCAAAAGUUGUUCGACAGAAUCGACCUGGCCAAAUCCAACGGAUCAAAGCGAGAGAACUCGUCCCUGGUGACAUUGUAGAAGUUGCUGUUGGAGACAAAGUACCAGCAGACAUUCGAAUCACUACAAUCUAUUCGACAACACUUCGUAUUGAUCAAUCGUUGCUGACGGGUGAGAGUGUGUCGGUUAUCAAACAUACUGACCCAAUCCCCGAUCCGCGAGCUGUGAAUCAAGACAAGAAGAACAUCCUAUUCUCAGGUACAAAUAUUGCAUCAGGAAAAUGUCGCGGUGUUGUAAUUGGCACCGGCUUAAACACAGAGAUCGGUAAAAUCCAGGCAGUUAUGGCUGACACGGAAGAAGAAAAAACACCAUUACAACAGAAACUUGAUGAAUUUGGUGAACAGUUAUCAAAAGUCAUCUCAGUUAUUUGUGUAGCUGUGUGGAUUAUCAACAUUGGCCAUUUCAAUGAUCCCGUUCAUGGUGGCUCAUGGUUUCGUGGUGCUAUCUAUUAUUUCAAAAUUGCUGUUGCGCUCGCUGUCGCUGCCAUUCCUGAAGGUCUACCUGCUGUCAUCACAACCUGUCUUGCACUCGGAACACGAAGAAUGGCGAAGAAGAAUGCCAUCGUUCGUUCACUACCAUCUGUCGAAACACUCGGUUGUACAUCCGUCAUUUGCUCUGAUAAGACAGGCACAUUGACAACUAACCAGAUGUCUGUUUGUCGAAUGCUCAUUUUCAGCAAGGCUGACGCAAAUGACUUUCAGAUUGAUCAGUUUGAAGUCACCGGAUCAACCUAUGAACCAAAAGGUGAUAUCUUGCUCGAUGGAGAAAAGAUCAACUGUGCUGAUCGAAGUGGACUAGUGGAACUUGCUGAGUGUGCAGCAAUGUGCAACGACUCUUCGCUUGACUACAACGAAACGAAGAAAGCAUUCGAGAAAGUCGGUGAAGCAACAGAAACAGCAUUAACAGUCCUUGUGGAAAAGAUGAAUGUGUUCAAUACCGAUAAGUCCAAACUCACAGCACAUGAACUAGCAAUGGCAUCGAACACGAUCAUUCGCCAGAAGUAUCGCAAAGAAUUCACGCUCGAGUUUUCUCGUGAUCGUAAGUCAAUGUCCGUGUUUGUGACAAAUGCGUCGAAAGGUGGUGAUAGUGGAGCAUCAGGAUCCUCGGGGAAAAUGUUUGUGAAAGGUGCACCUGAGUCGGUGAUUGAUCGAUGUACUCAUAUUCGAUGUGGAACGCAAACAGUGCCCAUGACACCACGGCUCAAGCAAGAGAUACUGCAUUUAGUUCAUCAAUACGGAACAGGUGGUGAUACUCUUCGAUGCUUGGCACUUGGUACCAUUGAUAAACCCAUGCAAAAACAAGAUAUGGCUUUGGAAGACUCAUCACAAUUUGCAAAAUAUGAGACGAACAUCACGUUUGUUGGUGUUGUGGGUAUGCUUGAUCCACCACGUGAAGAAGUUCAUGAAGCUAUUGCUCGUUGUCGUAAUGCUGGCAUUCGCGUUAUUAUGAUUACAGGUGAUAACAAAAAUACCGCUGAAGCUAUCUGUCGCCGAAUUGGCCUUUUCAGCGAGACAGAAGAUACACGAGGCAAAGCAUUCAGCGGUCGGGAAUUUGACGAUCUCACAACUAGUGAACAGUCAGAGGCUACUUAUCACGCAAAAAUGUUCGCUCGUGUCGAUCCUGCGCACAAAUCUAAAAUCGUCGAAUAUCUACAGUCACAUGGUGAAAUCACAGCUAUGACCGGCGACGGUGUCAACGAUGCACCUGCAUUGAAAAAAGCCGAGAUCGGUAUUGCCAUGGGCUCGGGAACUGCUGUCGCCAAAACAGCUUCCGAGAUGGUCCUGGCCGAUGACAACUUCUCAUCGAUCGUCGCUGCCGUAGAAGAAGGUCGAGCUAUCUACAACAACAUGAAACAGUUUAUUCGUUAUUUGAUCUCAUCAAACAUUGGCGAGGUUGUGUGUAUCUUUUUGACUGCUGCACUUGGCUUGCCUGAAUCGCUGAUUCCCGUGCAACUUCUGUGGGUGAACUUGGUGACAGAUGGUUUGCCAGCAACAGCCCUUGGUUUCAAUCCACCUGAUCUGGAUAUAAUGGAACGUCCGCCACGUAAUCCAAAAGAGUCACUGAUCACACCAUGGUUAUUCUUUCGUUACAUGGCUAUCGGAUGUUAUGUUGGUUUUGCUGUAGUAUGGAGCGCUUCGUGGUGGUCUAUGAAUGCUACAAAUGGUCCUAAGUUGUCAUACUGGCAUUUGAAAAAUCAUUUUAAAUGUCGAGCUGGUGGAAAAGAAUGGGAAGGUAUAAGUUGCUCAGUGUUCGAUGAUCCACAUCCAAUGACGAUGGCAUUAUCGGUGCUCGUCACGAUUGAAAUGUUAAAUGCCCUCAACAGUUUAUCAGAAAAUCAAUCUCUUUUGAAAAUGCCCCCAUGGACAAACAAAUAUCUACUGGGCGCUAUUGCUCUAUCCAUGUCGUUACACAUGAUGAUCCUCUACAUUCCGAUGUUCAAUACUGUGUUUCAAAUUUGUCCGUUGUCAUGUGAAGAAUGGUUCGCUGUUAUAAAAAUCUCUUUACCAGUUGUGCUACUCGACGAACUACUGAAAUUCAUCGCACGACAGUAUCUCGAUCGUGGCAACAAAUCAAAACAUGUGACUUCAAUCAAUAAAAUAUCAAAGCAUUAA